AUGACACAUGAAAACAUGAGCAAAUCAACCAACGACUACGUUAUAGUCUGGCUAGAUGCUACUAUUGAAAAUAGUAAAGGAAGUCAAGACACAAAAGCACUUAUACGACAAUUGGUUCGAGGUCGAUUACGAACAUUUGAUGAUUCAAAUAAAUGUGUAGAUGAUAUAACCAGUGACCUGUCGGAAAAACGAAUAUUUCUUAUUGUUUCUAAUGCUCUUGGUAAAAAUGUUGUUCCACAUAUAUAUGAAAUACCAGAAAUCCAAAUGAUAUACAUAUAUUGUAAUAAUCGAAUAGCAGCAGAAGCAUGGGCUAAAUCAGAUUAUAAGAUUUCUGGUAUUUUCACAAAAAAACAAGAACUUUUACAACAAAUUCGAGAUAUCGUUGCUAUGUGUGAUCAAGACCAUCAUAUUCCGAUGAGUAUCUUUCAUCGUACGGAUCGUGAAAAAUCAUUAAAAGACUUAAGUCAACAAAGUGUAACUUCUAUGUGGUAUCAAUUAAUACUAGAAGUUCUUCGAUCGAUGGCAAAAUAUGGAGAUUCAAAAGCUGAAAUGAUUGAAGCAUGUCGAACAAGUUAUCAUGAUAAUAAAAUUGAACAAAAUAAAAUAGAUCAAUUUGAAGAAGAUUAUUCCCCAGCGAGAGCAUUUCAUUGGUAUUCAUCUGACAGUUUUGUAUAUCGAUUAUUGAACAAAUCUUUACGUACACAAGAUAUUGAAAUUAUAUUUAAAUUUCGAUUUUUUAUUAAUGAUCUUCAUAAUGAGUUGGAAAAACUUUAUUAUCAAUAUAUAAAUAUUCAUUCUUCUAAUCCUAAUCAUCAUUUAACAGUUUAUCGUGGUCAAUUUUUAAGUAUGACAGAACUUGAUCGACUUAAACAGAGUGUAAAUGAACUUAUAUCAAUGAAUAGUUUCUUAAGUGCUUCAUUAAAGCCAAUAGUUGCUGAAAUUUUUGCAGGUACAAACAGUCAAUUGAAUGAUCCAUCAGCAUCGCAAUCAGUUCUUUUCAUAAUUGAUAUUAAUAAUAUGAGUAAAGAAAUGAAACCAUUUGGAUUUAUACAAAAUUAUGCAUGUAAUCCAGAUGAAAAUGAAGUACUUUUUUCAAUGGGUGCUAUUUUUAAAGUUCACUCAGUUCAAGAACAUGAUAAAAUGUGGCAUGCUCAUUUAGAAUUAAGUAAAGUACAAAAUCAAUUCGGUCGAGAUCUCUUAGAUCAUAUGUUGAAACAAAUCAAAUGUGAUCCAGGUCCAUUAUCAUUCGGUUGGUUUCUGUUUCGAAUGAAUGACUUUGCCAAAGCUGAACGUUAUGCAAUGUGGAUGAUGAAACAACUUCCACAAAAUGAUAUACAAAUUGGAGAUGCUUACAAAUUACUUGGCCUUAUUUAUAAAGAUACAAAUAGAUUAGAUCAAUCUAUUAAAAGUUAUGAGACAGCCCUUAAUAUUUAUUCUUAUUUGGGUUAUCAGGAUAGUCCUCGAGCUAUUGCUACUCAUUGUGAUCUUGGUUUGACUUAUUUAGCUCAAAAAGAUAAUCGAUAUGCAUAUGACGAACAAAUAAAAGCCGAGGAGAAGUUGUUCAAAUCCUUACCAACAAUGCAUCCAUUACUUAUAGCUACAGUGGAUAGUCUCAAAGCCAAAAUUCUAAUAGAAUUUGAUGAUUAUUCAGAUGCUUUAAAAAAUCUUCAACAAGUUUUACAGAGAAAACGGCAGCUAUUACCAGCAAUCCAUUCAUCGAUUGCAUCAACGUUGAAUAUGAUAGGUAUUGUGUAUGAAAAAAUGGGCAAUGAUGUCGGUGCACUUAAAUAUUUUCAAGAAGCAUUGGAUAUUGGUGAGAAAAGCUUAAUCGAUGAUCAUUUUGAUUUAGUCGAAUAUCAUAUAAAUGUUGGUCGUAUUUAUAAGAAACGUGGAGAAUUUCAACGUGCUUCGAAACAAGUUGAAUUAGCACAAAAAAUUAAGACAAGUCACGAGACAAGACCUGAUGAUGAUGGUGCUAUUUUUUUAAAUUAA